UUGUGAUUGUCAGUAUGUGAAAACAACAAAAGUAAAAUUGUGUUCAUCAAAUUUUUAAAAUAGAAAGAACUAUUAGAGAAUGCUGAACGCGCGAGGACUUAGAAUUAUACUAUGUGCUACAACGGUCUUCAACAUAACUUACAGUGAUAAAUCCGUUUGUGUUUCUACAAAUGACCCAAUAACUCACCCAAAAAUGUAUGCUGACUAUCCAAAUUUGUGGAUGCUGGAUAUGAGCAAUCAAACUAAGUUUGCGUUUCCACAAAGUCGAGUGAUACUAGCUCACAUAAAGUUGGCACGUUUCCACUGCAACAACUGCUCAGUCAGUUCGAUCUAUAAGGAAUCAUUCGCAAUGCUGCCUAAGCUCACCCAUCUAGAGCUGGACCGUAACAAUCUGAGCUACAUUGACGCGGAUGCCUUUGAGAAAAAUCCUCUUCUGCAGAGAGUUCAACUGGUUGAAAAUAACCUGCUUAAAAUCAAUUCUGAAGGAAUCUUAAGACACGUGACUUUUGUAUCAUCUUUAAACUUGGAUUUUAAUCCCGGAUUUGACAUAAAUCAAGUUCAAAUUGAGCUUCCCUGGCUGCUAUACUUUAGCUGCAAGCAUUGUAAUACUUCGUUUGUGGACAAGUCAACGAUGAAGCGAUGGCAACGUCUUGGAUAUCUUUAUCUAUCGGACAAUCACAUCGAUAGAGUCGAGUUUGACGCAUUUUUGGAUAUGCCGAGGUUCAAACUGCUGAACGUUGAUAGAAACCGUGGAUUGACUAAUUUAACAAUUCAAUCGAAAACAUUGCUAACGUUAAGUGCGGAAAGCUGUGGCUUAGAAGGAAUUCUGGAUACAUCAAAUUUGAAGGCGUUGGAGUUUUUAAAUGUUAGAAGGAAUAAUAUUUCCAACAUAUAUGAACGCGGAUUCGAGAGUAACAAUAAUAUUCAAACAAUACUGCUAGAUGAUAACCUGAUCGAGAAGAUUCCUGAGAAGCUGUUGAACAUUACAUUGUAUAAAUUAGACACGCUAUGCAUAGAUCGCAAUCCACUGCAACCAAGUGAGCUUUUGGAAGAAUUCAAUACGAAAUACUCAACAAAGAGACUACGUCGAGGAUGCCUAGAUGACCAAAACCCAACAAAGGCAUUUGAAUACAUAUUACCAACACAAAAUGGAGUGGCUCUUUAUACAAAACAAGCAAACGCACAAGUAUAUCAAGAAGAAAUUGCUAAAUUGGAACAUCAUUCACAGGCCAUUGUGUACAUAGAAGAAGAUUACUUUGCGGAAAAUAGUAAAGUCUUAUCGGUGAUUCUUGAUAACAACAGUCGAUAUGAUUUUCCUGAGAACCAAACGUAUCUCAAAAGUGAGUUCAUUGAACAUAUUUCACUGGUCAACUGUUCUAUAAGCGGCAUUUAUGAAAAAACUUUCAUGAAAUUGCCCAACUUGAAAUCAAUCAACUUGAAAGGAAACAUGAUUUCAUCGUUGUAUUCCGCAACACUUUUUAAUCAUAAUCCGGAACUUCAGAGUGUAAACCUGGCCAACAAUUUGGUGAAAUUGAUUGCAAUCAAUCUGUUUGAGCACCAUCAAUCGCUACGAUAUCUAAAUAUAAAUGGGAAUAAACAUCUGUCAAGUAAACCAGGAAACCUAUUUCUGUUUAGCCCGAGUCUGGAAACGUUGUUGUGUCAAUUCUGCAACUUUGUUCACAUUGAUAGCUUCAUGUUUCAAGGACUUCCAAACUUGAAGCAUCUAGAUCUAAGCUACAACAGGAUCACUAUUCUGGAAAAGGACGCUUUUCGCGCACUGAUACAUUUGAAGCAUGUAGACUUGAGCAAUAACCAUUUAACGGCGUUAGGAUUGGAAUUGCAUUUGAUGAAGCAACUAGAUACUCUAUGUUUGUCUGGAAAUCUCAAAAUAACGCUUGAACCUGAAUAUGUUGGAGGAAUGAAGCAAAUGGCAAACAAAUUAAGGCAAUUGGAUACAAAAUGUGAAGACACGACAUUCUUUCAAAACAUCACUGAAUUGUUCAGUUUCGAAAAAACUACAAACAAAACAGAGGAAAAAUAUGAUCCAAUAAGUAAUGACAAUAUAAUCAGCAGUGCAUCGAUAGUGAUUUUCCGUAGUGUUCAAUUUACAAUUAUUUUAGUGCAAAUUUUCUACCAAUGGCUAGGCACGUAAUGUGUAGAAGUUUGAAUUAUUUCCUUAAUAUCACAAAAGUGUCGUGUGAAUGUUAUAUGUGACAAUAAUGUUUAGCAUGACCGGCUAGCGAAGACUGGACAAUUAUCACAGACAAGAAAGAUUGCCCAGUAACUCCUAUUCCUACCUCCCCGCGGUGCUAGCUGGGAUACGAGUUUCGAUUAGAUGAUUCGAAUAGAGUAGCAGGAUGGAACCAAGCACGUAUGCUGACAGGAAAGGGGGCCAAUAAAAUGUGCAUAAGACGAGACGAACUUUACUAAUACGAUGAGGUUUAGCCGGAAACUGGUAAAAUCAUCCUGCAUUGCAAAGAGGAAGCCCCGACCUGGCGAUGAUCCCCUUCACAUUCAACCGGGAACCGAAUCUUCCACAGAAGAGGUGAAGCUAUAAAAGAGAGUAAACGUGAACCACGCUAGUAUGCAAGCAUGCACAAAAAAAAGAGAAAAAAACCCGACCGCGUCUGCCCGUGUCGGCAUCGUCGUCAGCUGUUUGUGAAAGGCAGCGCCACGCGAGUGACUUCGACUGUCGACUUCUGUAAAAAGAGACGAACCGACACGAACGGUGAGAAGGGGGGAGGGGGCGUAGGUGAGACAGCCAAUAGAAUGUGGCACAGAAAAAAACAAAAACAACAAAACGAAAGAUCUCCCGCUGAUCGUGUCUCCAGCGAAGAAACGCGACCAAAACGACGACGCACAUGGCCAAACA